AGAAUUGCAGAAAAAAUAAAAUGGAGUUCAUCAAAUUGCUGUCUUUGUUUUGCUGUUUGUUAGCUGUCACUGUACAAGCACAGGAUAAAAAAGAAAAGGCUCAGAAACUUCAAAUUGGUGUUAAGAAACGCAUUGAGAAUUGUCAAACGAGAAGCAGGAAAGGGGAUUUACUUCACAUGCAUUACACAGGAAAAUUGGAAGAUGGUACUGAGUUUGACUCCUCCAUUCCUCGUGGUGAGCCACUGACAUUCACAUUGGGUGCAGGACAAGUCAUCCGUGGAUGGGAUCAAGGUCUCAUUGGGAUGUGUGAAGGAGAGAAGCGCAAGCUGGUCAUCCCAUCAGAGCUCGGCUAUGGGGCAUCAGGCGCACCGCCCAACAUUCCCGGCCAUGCGACGCUCAUGUUCGAAGUUGAGCUUGUCAAGAUCGAGAGGAAACAGGAGCUAUGAACACCGUUGAGCUCGUCAAGAUCGAGAGGAAACAGGAGUUAUGAUCACAAGACAUAACUUAGGGCUUUAUAAUUUGAUAUUAAAAUAGGGGAUGAGACGUCAUUUCGCCAUCUCAUCGCCUUAGUUAUCAUUUGUGUUGUAAAUCUUGCUACUUAGGCCUUUAUAGUUCUUACAUAAGUAGUUCAUGGUUGUGUUGUUUACGGUCUUCAGUUUGUAAAUUUUCAUUUAAAUUCUACUGGAAAGUAUCGUUUUGUAAUUCAUCGGGUCAAGUUUUGUAUUGUAACUAAGAUGAUAGUUAUUUUUCAAGCAAUCAAGUCUUCGGCUCCUUAGGAUUAUCCUCACGAAAUCGGAAAUAAGGUUCUUGAUAUUUUCCUAGUCAGAAGUAAGAUUUGGCUGCUUCAUGUUAUUUUAGGCAUUUAACAACUUACGAGGACAUUCAAAUGUCUUGCCAACAUGGUUUUGAAUUAUUAAUCUCCCAGCCUCUGCACUGCUGACACAUGGAUUGCAAUAUCUCGAGAGGCUUCGUAUGUGUUUGUAUCUCAUGCUGCAAUCGUUCAUAAAUUGUCAAAAGAGGAACCAAUUCUUUCACAUGAACACUUUCAGCGCUGUAUGUUUCAUUUGCCGCACUGAAUGUUUUUGAAUUCUUAGUUUAAGAUUAUUGACUACAUUAUUGAAUUUCCAGUUUUUAUCUAUAUUUAUCGUCUGGAGCCAGUUGAAUUUUUGAUAAUAUGCACUUUUUUCGUAGUGUGAUUCCAUUUUAUUGUUUGAACAAAUAUCAUGUUUAGAUUUCACAUGUUUGGGCAACUUUCAAUUCUUGAAAUUAAAUUCAAGUGACUAAUAAAUUCAUCUUUUGUAAUGCGUGUCAAAACUAUCUUGUUUCAAUUAAACCUUGAUCAAGAUGGCCCA